GUAGCAAAUCCCGGAAACGCUGUCUUAAAGAGACAGAGGGAGAAUUUCAGGCAAAAGGCUGAAACAACGAAAACAGCUGCGAGCACAAAAAAAGACAGGCAGAGAGAGAGAGGAAGGGACGUAGUCAGCCAACUAGCGAGCUAUGUGGCAGGACAGAUUAGGAGACUGAAACUGUCCGUGUGUUUCAUCCAUCAGAAGUCCACCAGGUAACGUUGCUAACGGCGUUUAGCUUCGAAGUAGAUUCUCGUCCUUUAACGUUAGCAAGUCAACACAGAGAUACCUGAAAGGCCAAACUGCCAAACUACCAGACCACAAGGACGCGUCAGAUCAAGCUGCCAGGCUGUUUUUCCUCCUUCAGAGUCUUCCUUUGUUAAGAGAUGGCAGGCUGGACUAUCUGCUGCUACCAGUCUGAGUGGUGAAACACCAUGCUGUGCGAGUUCCCCAUGCAUGAAAGAGGAAGACGGGAAUUACUUUGAAACUGUGGGAAGAUGGACAGAAAAAAAUACCCAAAGGACAAGAGAAGGGGGAGGGAGAAAUAAGCAAAUACACAGAAAACGAGGUGAAAAGAGAGAGCUGGUCAAACAUUCCCAUCCAGAGAGAGUUCAUCUCACCAGACUGUUAAUGGGCUCCAGAAAGGAGGAAGGAAGCACAGGGGGACAACAAACCAAAGAGUGGAUAGAGAAAAGGCAGUGGAGAUACAGACAGGAUUGAAAGAAAAGGCUGCAGUCGCCCAUCAAGGCACCAGACGAAAUAGAGGAAGGAAGAUAGUGAGACAGCGAGAUAAAGCCCCGGCUUUCUAAAGAGGGGAUUCUGGGUGGAAUGAAUCUGUCAUGAUGCCAAAGCUGUGUCACACCCUACGCCCAGGUGAACAAGGGGGGCGUGUCUGGUUUUCAGUUUAUCAGAAAUGGAUCCUCUAUAGAGAUACUUCAGAUUCUGGUUUAGAGACAUUUUCUCUCAAGAACCUUCUGCAUCACUGACACUCCACCAUCAGGCCAUAGCUCCUGUUCCCACCACCUCCACUCCCGCUCCUCCUGGAGUUUUUAUUGUUUCAAUUUCCUAUCUUGGGAUGUUGGCGUGGUUUCAUGGCAGCUGCCAUGGAGAUGGACUGGUUCCUUUAGCUGGCUAUUUUGAACACAACCUCCAGAUGUUGGGCCAUAUGCAAGUUGUCCACGCGGGCAGAAUUAGACAAGGACGGGCACAGAGGUGCUGUGCAGCUCAGCUUCCUGAUUUCUGUUUGGCAGCAUCACAGCAGGAACUAUAGGACUUCCUAUUCCUGUGGAACAUCUUGCUCUGCCUCCUGACACUUGUGAGGAACUACUUGACCCUGUUGCAAAAAAAGUUAGUCAAGACUCUUACCCUUCAGCAAAGUAAUCAUGAGGCACAUCCAUGUGGAAUUAGCCCACAAAAAGGCUCCAUUAGAGCUUCCAACCCAGGAGGGAGACCUGCCACCACCCACAACCCCAACACAGGGACUCGAUCCUGGGGUCAGACCAGGGGCGCCUAGGCACUUUGGCCAGGAGGAGCUGCGGCUCCAAAAGGUCUAUCAGCUCUCCAUAUUCUCCCAGUUGGGGGGAUUUUCUACCUCCACAGAAUCCCACACUGAUACUGCACAGAGAUCAGUCCGGUUGGCUGUGAAACGGGGUCUAGAUGAACCCCAAGUGACUCACAAGCGACCCCAUCUAGGGGACUGCUCAGACAGGGAUAUGUUAGAGGGAGGGGUGCUGUGUGGGCCUGCCCCAGCUCAAGGAGUUGGGGUGGGGUUAGGGGCUGGCCCUGGUGGGCUUGGUUCUGUUUAUUCUUGCACACAGAUGGAGCACAGAGACUCUGAGGGGGGACUGUCACCUAGGUCUCCUUCCCUCUCCCCAGUUCACAACCCUUCCCGACGCCCAACGCAGCACAAUCAUGACAGGCCCAUUCCUGAUGUAUUUGCUCCACUCUCUCCUAAAUCCCCCCCAAUGUGUGACCCACACGGUCACCUCUCUGACCAGGGCUACUCCCCUGGGAGCUCAGCCAGGACUGAGACACCCAAUGGGGGCCGCACACCCACCUAUUCAAAUGAGAGUUAUAGUAAUGGCUCAUCUGGAGGCCAGCCCAGUCCUCACUUAUAUGAAGUGUCCACUUAUGAGACUCCCAACCCUGCAAGCCCCACAAGCCCCCCAGGCCCUUUCUCCCCACCACACCACACAGAGCUGCAGGAGCCAGGGGAGGCCACUGAAUGGGACGUUGGACUAGAAUCUUCCCCACCUGAGCGAAGUGCCACCCAAACUGCAUCCUCCUCCUCUAAGGGCCUAGCUUCCUGGGAGAAAACUCCCAACAGUAACGGCCAUCGCCUCUCCUCUGGAGGCCACUGGCCGGUGAAGAAGAGGCUGCUUUCCCCAAGCGACACGGGGGAGUCAUGUUCAGAAGAUGAGGGACCCUCAACAUCGAAGAGAAGCAGGUUGUCACUGCUGGCUUCAGGACUUGGCCCGGCCUCAUGUCGUAGCACUGAUGCUAAAGCUGCACCUUACUGGAACCAUCUGCUGCCCUCUGCAUGGGACCGACCUAAGACUGCUACAGAUUGCACAAGAUCAGGAAGACGGCUGAAAAGUGGGCUUCGACUAAAAAGUCGCCAGCUGCGCAGUGGGAGACACACAGACAACGUACACUCCACACGUUCCAGUUGGCCCUCAUCGUCCAUCAGCAGAGCACUUCUUGGCAACUUUGAGGAGUCUAUACUGAAGGGACGAUUCUCCCCAUCCGGGAGGAUUGAAGGCUUCACGGCAGAGAUCGGUGCCAGCGGCUCCUACUGCCCGCAGCACGUCACCCUGCCUGUGCAGGUUACAUACUAUGACAUCUCAGAGCACAGUGCACCCUCACCCUUCCUGGGGGUGAUAUCUCUGGAGCCUCUUGGAAAGAAAGGAUACAGCAUACCCAAAGCAGGGACCAUACAAGUGACCUUAUUUAAUCCCAACAAAACUGUGGUGAAGAUGUUUCUGGUGACCUACAACUUUGGCGACAUGCCCGUCAACCACAUGACCUUCCUGCGCCACCGGAUCUUCCUGGUGCCUGUAGAGGAGGGGGUUGAGGGGAAAAGCGAGGCAUCACCAGGGAGCGGAGUGCUUGACAGGAAGAAGAUUCUCUGCUACCUGAUGCAUCUCAGAUUCCAGAGCUCCAAAUCUGGGAAGAUCUACUUGCACAAUGAUAUCCGGCUGCUAUUCUCCCGCAAAUCCAUCGAAGUGGACACGGGGAUCCCUUACGAGCUGAAAUCUUUCACCGAGGUGCCAAGAAACCCCAAAUACUCCCCCCGCGUGUGACCCCAGCCUGAACCAGUUGACCCUCCCCAACGUUGAUGCAGCCCUCCUGUGCUUCCUAAAGAGGAGGAAGGGAAACAUACAGACUGCAAGAAUGAUGGACGCAAAACUUGAUGAGACGCACCACAUGCACAUGAGACACACCUGCACAUUUGAUACAGUUUUGAUGAGGGUAGAAGUCCUGCUUUUGUGCAUUUGUUUCCAUUGAAAGUAAAAAAAAAAGAAGAGAUGUAAAAUCUUACGAAACCAAACAGGGCAUUCCUUGUAUCCAUUCAGUAAGAAUAUGAAAUUCUAAGAAAUGGGCAUGCAGUCAAAAGCAGGACUUUUACAUCAUCUCAAUCUGUUCAAAAAUGAGAUUGCACACUGCACAUUGACACACACCAAAUGGACUGACAAGACUGGCACACAGCACAUGACACACCUCAUGACUGAAACACUUCUGGUGGCGACUCUUCAGUGUUAACAUGCAUGCCUUGUGACUUAAACAUCUGAAUUUUCCUCUAGUGCCGUUUCACACUGUCCUUCACUCUGCCUGCAGCUCCAUUCGCUUCAUCGGACCAAUAAUACACCCAGCUUAGAUCAUCAGAAGGCCAUAAACAUUACGCACAUUGCACACAGUGUGACCUGUAAGAAGGACAAGAGCAGAGACACAAACACUCGUGAAAGCAAAGGCUGAAAUAGAAUCAGCCAUCUUGAUUAGAAUGGUUUUAUUAUUUAAAAUAUGAUUUAAAAGGAAAGAUACUUGUGUAAUUUGACCAAACUCAGGACAUCUGAUGAAGAAAACAUUUCACUUCUCACAGUUUCACAAAUCACAGUACAUAUCACUGUGUACACUUCAGGCGAGGAGGGUCAUACCAUGCCAUGAAAAACGGGGGAAUCCAGUAAAUGUUAUGUAGCCAGACUGAGGGACACUGUGCUGAUUUCUUUUUUUAAUAAAUAUUUUUUUUUAGAUUCUGUUCAGAUCACACUGAUGUUUGAGCAGAAAAUGAAAAGAGAAAAAAAAACAACAAGCUGUAGUAGUUUUUAAUUUAUGUUUUUUCGCAAAUGUCUUAAAAAGCAAUAUGCUGCACAAAGUAGAGUGUGUUUUCAGUCAGACGAGCUUUCUCUGGAGCGGGGAAUGGAGAAAGCGAAGAACUGAGAGUGAGGGGGGGAGGGAGGAGGGAGGGGUGGUAGGGUAUUUAAUAUGGGGAAAAAGUAUAUGUAUAUUUAAAAGAAUAAACUCUGCGACUGGCGAGUAA